GACGUCACCGUCAGCUGGAGUCCUGCACGGAUUAAAGAUGGCGCCCUCUCAUGUACUGAGGUGCUGUCAACGGGCGCUUAACUGGAUACCUGUACUGUUUAUAAACCUCGUUGUUGGUUGGUCUUAUUACGCUUAUGUUGUGGAGCUGUGUGUCUAUACAAUCCCGAAUAAUGCAGAACGAAUCAGCUAUUUGGUCAUCUUUCACAUUUUCCUCACCAUGUUUGUAUGGUCCUACUGGAAAACUAUUUGCUCCAGACCAGCCGCAGCCUCAAAAGCAUUCGCUCUGCCCAGAGCGGAGAAGGAACUGUACGAGAGAGAGGAGCGACCCGAGAUGCAGCAAGAGAUUCUCAAGAAAGUGGCGAGGGAUUUACCCGUGUUUACGCGCACGGCGGGAGGAGCUGUCAGAUACUGCAACCACUGCCAGAUUAUCAAGCCCGACCGCUGCCAUCACUGCUCUACCUGUGAGAUGUGUGUGCUGAAAAUGGACCAUCACUGUCCCUGGGUGAAUAACUGCGUUGGAUUCUCAAACUACAAGUACUUUGUGCUGUUCCUGGCGUACGCCUCACUGUACUGUGCAGUCAUUUGUGCUACAGUCAUCAAGUAUUUCAUCAAGUUUUGGACGAAACAGCUUCCUGACACGCACGCCAAAUUCCACAUCUUGUUUCUGUUUUUUGUGGCGGCCUUGUUCUUUGUCAGCAUCCUGUCACUUCUCAGCUACCAUCUGUGGCUCGUGGGAAAGAACAGGACCACUAUAGAGGCUUUUCGGGCUCCCGUCUUCACAAACGGUCAAGACAAGAGCGGGUUUUCUCUGGGCUUCAGGCGAAAUGCGGCUGAGGUGUUUGGAGACGAAGCGAAGUACUGGAUAUUUCCUGUUUUCUCGAGUCUAGGAGAUGGACUUUCCUUUGUUACUAGAUUGGUCCAUAUAGAUCCUGAACAAGCAAACCGUGUCCUCCAGCACAAUGGCAAAAGCCCUGCUGAUGGGAAAGCUGACCCUUUUGCGCUUGGUAACAAUAUUCAACACACGGUGGACGACAGCCAAGAGAAAAAGGACGGAGGUCAGACGGUCUCGGUGACGAUGGAGAGUGGCCCUUAGCAGACGACGAUGCCUUAGACCGGGAGCACCAGCACCUACAGGAGAACGUCCUCCACCAUCAUUUGGAGUUUGAGCCCCAAGAAGCUUGUUUUCGUUGUACUUUCGAUGGACCGUCCUUCCUCCAUUGUGCUUUAAACCGGUGCCGGGACCGCGCUGUCGCCACGUCAACAGGGACUGUGCAGCGGCCUCGUAGAUCGCACCUGUGUGAGGUGAUCCACAUGUUUGGUCUUUGUCUUUAGAAAGUAAAACGAUUUUUUAAAUUUUUUUUAUUUGAGUUGUCUGUUUUUAUGUGCAUAUAUUAAUCACAUGGUACAUUCCUACUAGAUUAACAGCCUUGGUCAGUAUUAUUCCAGCAUUAAUAUUUAAAGGAGAGCAGUGGUAGCCACUGUGUUUAACUCGUACGGACUGAGCCAUGUCUCAUCCGUUUUCAGCUCCAAGCACAGUGUCGUUAUUUUGAGCAGCGGUCGGUUAUAAUUUAGUUUACAUGUUGGAAAAUGUUUAAAGGGUUUUCUGUUUACACUUGAGAGAUUCAUUUUUUACUUUUCCAAUUUUAUACUGUGGAAACAUCUGGUUACUCUUCAUUUGAAAUGGAUACUAGUUGAAACACAUAUCCAGUACUUACGAAUGUAUAUUUGUCAAUGAGAUGGCCAUUUCAAUUGCAAUAUAUUUGUUGUGCUUUUUUUGUAAAUUAAAAGUCUUUCAUUUUGAUGAAUUUAUUUAAAUUAUUUAUUUGAUUCAUUUUUAAUUGUUUUAUUGCAUAUUUUGCUGCUCAACCAAAUAUUUUCACUUUCAUAACCAUCUCUUUGCACCACUGUGUGUAUUUAAUGUGUGUUUUAAUGCCAGUAAAUAUCUUUUUUGUAAAUAUCUUUUGUUUUAAAAAUAAAGUUAAGUUAGCGGUUGGAAAGUAAGAUUAUGAAAUGAAACCACAAUGAAACCCAAGGACAUUUGAUUCAUGUGUCCUUGAAUGAGGGAAGAUAAGGUAAGACUUUAUAGAGCAGUAAUGAAACGUUGCUCUCAUCCGUGUGCUCCUGGCAGGAUGCAACGCGCACUGAAUGGCAGACAAUAAUGAUGUGUUACAAAUUCUCACAGCAGUUUAAUGAAUAACUUCACUGACUAAACUUAAUGUGUCCCAAGCAGUUGGAGCUGCCGAUGAAGUUAGGCCCAUAAAGAACUAUUUUUCAUUGAGACAAAACUGUUCCCACAAGGUGUCCUUCAUUGUUCUAUAACAAUAAAUGUUUAAGAAACAAA